GAGAUGCCUGUGUGCAGCAGAGACAUGGAGAGGCGCACAGGGUGCUCCUAUACUUAGAACUGGCCCAUCACAAGGGAAUCUUCUCCAGAGGCAGGUGUGUUUGUGUAAAGACCACCAAGUCAUCUGUGCAACAUUUGCCAUAAAGUGUUCCCCCUCCUCCCUGGGAACUGUCGGUUGGGACUGCAGACUUCUUGGAAGGCUGGAACUGUGCAUGUUUCAGAUCUGAAGACCUGAUGCUUCAGGAGGAGCCCUGCUGAACUCAGCCGGCACCUUUGCACUGUGCUGCCCUUGCUUUGGAAGUUAGUUCAACUCUUGGACCUGCAGGAGAUCCUUACUGAGGAGCACAACAGGAAAGAUAAAACACCGCAAGGGACAGGGGGAUCCUGGCAGUGGAUGAAUCAACCCCUAAAACAGGCACGCCUGUGCCAAGCAUACAAAACUGCAAGUGUGCGUGUUUUGGUGGCACUCCCAAAGCAUGACUUGAUGACAUUAUUACUUCCCGUCUCCAGAGUGGAAAACUGUAAUGGAAUGUAAAUCAGAUAACGGAUCUUGUGUUGUGAAGAGCAUUCUUGUGUAACCAUGGGAGGAUGCAUCCAAAGGGUCUCUGCUUUGCGUUUGAAGGUUUAAAACGAUAUUAGAGAAGCAGCUCCAUCAGAUAUCUUCUAAUCCAACAUGCUACUGGGGGGGCAAUCCCUUAAUCAUCUUCAUGUCCAACAUGCUACUGGGGGGGCAAUCCCUUAAUCAUCUUCAUGUUCUUCAUAACGCCUAAUCAAAUGCCUGCAUAGAUGAUCAAGAAAGGAACUGCAGCACGGGACGGUGGCACGCAGAGACAGCCAGAGCUGGAGUAAUCAUCAGAAGGAUUUAUUCCUGUUCCAAGCCGUGAGCACUUGGCAGGGAAUAUUUCUCUUCACGGCCAACGAGCACCCUCACUUUUCCCCAAUACCUUCCAUGGCACUGUUGCUUUAUGGAGAAGAAGACCUGGGUUGCUUGAGCUGAAGCGUGUGGGAAAAGAGUUGCUUAUGCCUCGUAAUUAUGCAGGGGUAUUAAAAAUCUAAAGAGCAAUCCUUUAUAGAAAAGAUAGCAGGAGGCAUCUCCACCAACACCCCCGGGGGAAGAUGAGCCUCAGCUUUGAAUCUUGAUAAUCUGAGCAAGUCAAAAUAAAAGGGAGUUAUCCAGCAUGUUUGUGAGGUGGUCCUUAACGCAUGGUUCAAUGAGAACAUUUACUGAAGGCUCUUUUUACAAAGCUGACUAAUUUGUCAUGUGGCAUUUGUGCCUGUUGUAGCAACCUGUGUCUUUUUUUUAUUUUGGUGUUUCCUACUGUUUCAUCCUGCAUUCUGGGCACUGUACCGACUGAAUGAAUGAGGGGGUGGUGGUGCCAAGCUGUGCUGCCGAUGCCCACAGCGAGAUGCCCCCCUGCUGGUGAGUGUCUGGGGGAGUGUCAUGACUCGGGAAGAAAGGAUCCGGGCUCCAGCUGGCAGCUGCCCCUCAGGAUUGACCAGAGCAGACGCCCAGGUGGUGCAUCAAAAAUGCCACACAAGGACACAACAUCACCAUGCCUUAUCUCUGCCCUCCCUGCAACACAUAAAGUUGCAUGGCCUAAAAUACAUCUGCUCACCCAAACUGGCAUUCCGGCAUCGUACUUUUUGGUUCUUGGCCUUCUUCACUUCUUUGGGCUUCUUUUUGUCUUGGUCAUCCAACAGACUCUUGUAUUUGCUGUCCUUUCCCUCACACACCAGGGUCCAGUUGGAGUGGAGCAAAGAGCUGGCUUUCCCGGCAGUGACAUUUUGCAACAACAACCCUGUUCGAUUUCACCGGCUCAGCAAAAGCGACCUUUAUUUUGCAGGCUACUGGCUGGGAUUGCUGUUUGCCAACCGCACAGCACGACCCAUGUUGGCAGAGCUACUGCCGGAGGACAGACAGAAGUGGUUUCACAAACUGGCAGAUUUUCGACUUUUUCUACCCCCUCGAAACUUUGACGGGAUCAGUGUAGGAUUCAUGGACAGGUUGGGCCACCAGCUGGAGGACAUGUUGCUUUCCUGCAAGUAUCGCGGUGAGGCCUGUGGUCCACACAACUUCUCCACUGUCUUCACAAGAUAUGGAAAAUGCUACGUGUUCAAUUCUGGACAAGAUGGCCGACCUGUGCUCACCACUGUGAAGGGAGGAGCUGGUAACGGGCUGGAAAUUAUGUUGGACAUCCAGCAGGAUGAAUACCUUCCCAUCUGGGGGGACACUGAGGAAACCACGUUCGAAGCAGGAGUCAAAGUGCAAAUUCACAGCCAGUCGGAACCAACUUUCAUCCAGGAGUUGGGGUUUGGCGUGGCCCCUGGAUUCCAGACCUUUGUGGCAACUCAGGAGCAGAGACUCACUUAUCUCCCAUCUCCGUGGGGCACCUGCCGAUUUUCUGAGCUGGGCUCUGACUUUUUCCCAGCAUACAGUAUAUCGGCCUGUCGAAUCGACUGUGAGACCAGAUACAUUGUGGAAAACUGUGGCUGCAAGAUGGUGCAUAUGCCAGGUGAUGCUCCAUUCUGCACCCCAGAGCAGUACAAGGAGUGUGCCGAACCUGCGCUGGAUCUCUUGGCUGAGAAGGAUGGAGGAAACUGCGUCUGUCUGAUGCCCUGCAAUGUCACCAGAUAUAACAAAGAGCUUUCCAUGGUGAAAAUCCCCAGCAAGACUUCCGCUAAGUACCUGGAGAAGAAAUUCAACAAGUCCGAGAAAUAUAUUCUGGAGAAUAUUCUUGUACUGGACGUGUUUUUUGAAGCUUUGAACUACGAGACAAUAGAGCAGAGGAAAGCCUACGAGGUGGCCGGAUUACUAGGUGACAUUGGGGGUCAGAUGGGACUUUUCAUAGGAGCCAGUAUCUUGACUAUCCUCGAACUCUUUGAUUAUAUAUACGAGCUGAUUAAAGAGAAGCUGUUGGACCUCUUGGGCAGGGAGAACGAGGAAGGAGGCCACGCUGAGGAUCUGAGCUCCUGUGACCCCAUGCCCAACCAUUCAGAAACCAUCAGCCACACUGUGACAGUCCCACUGCAGGCCACGCUGGGGACAUUAGAGGAGAUCGCCUGCUGAUACACAGCGGACACUGCCUUUUUAUUUUGUGCCAAAAAAGAAGCCAAUGGAGCAUGGAGGUCAGAGAAUGGGGGGUCAGAGUGGGACCUUCCCCUUCCCACGUGCCUGGCCGGAAAGAGACAUUUGGAGACUACAGAGGAGAGAGAGGGACUUGUAUACUGCCAACUGUACACAGCUCUGCAUGCCCGCAGUAUAUAUGGCACGAAAUGCGUGAGGAUCCCCCCCCCCGGGCGCAGCCACAUCCUAUUCCAUCCAGCUCUGUGUGGGUGGGGGGUUUCAACAAAGUGUUUUGUUUUUUAAUGAAAAUGAAAAUUGAAUAAAAAUGCGGACAAGUCAAAAAGGAA